AUGCUGAAGUUGAGCGUGGAGCUUACUGAAGAUUUGAAUAUUUUGGAAACUGGCUCGAUGCUCCUAGAAUCAUCAUCACUCGUGCAAACGCAGCUCGACCCAUCAGCGGGAAACUUAAGCCUGCCUAUCUUUCGCAUGCUCAGCCACUCUACACGAUUUUUGUAUUUGCUUUCACGCUUAACCGGCACGUCGGACAUCUCUUUCGGGCCGACACCUCCGGAGUCAGGCUAUGACGGCUGGGAUUCUCUCAAUCAGACACCCAAUUCAACUGACCAGUCGACAAGUCUACGUGAUGACUAUGAGGAUAGCACAGAGCGAGUAGUCGCAACAGCAUCGUCGUAUGACUCAGGAUACCGGACAGCGACUGGAUCACCACAGGAGCCAACUAAGACCACUUUCAUGUGGGACAUAACGACUACUUUAAGCAUCCUGACCAGUUAUGUAUCUCUUCUUCGAGUUUAUCGUGCUGUUUUUACCCGACUCUGUCAACUUAUCCUCAUCAUCCCUCCGUCAAAUGUCGGAGCAUUUCUCAUGCUCCCGAGCCUACAACUCGGACAAUUUCACAUGGACCAAAAUUUGUCUGUCCAAAUUCAAGUCAUAACGGAGCUCAGUUCCGACAUGUUGAGCAAGGUUGAACGUGCUCUCGGACUGGUUUCAGAUUCGGGUCGAGAGCAAGAUGCAGACUCUGUUCACACAGUGCCCAUAUUGGAGGAUGCCUUCUUGAUUUCGAUACGUGAUCUUAUUUUGGGUCAGGAAAAUUCAUCCUACAAGAUGUCGUUGAGGGACACAAUGAACCGUCUAUGUCAACUAGUGAAGGAACCUGCUGGGGCUUAA